AAUUUCAUCGUGUCCAGGACCCUCAUCCGCAAGAACGCCGUCUACUUGACUGCCAUCUUCGCCGGUGCCUUCGCCUUCGAGCUGUCUUUCGACACUGCCUCCAACAAGAUCUGGGACACCUGGAACGCUGGCCGUCAAUGGAAGGACAUUAAGCCCCGCUACCUCACUGCCGCCGAGGAGGAGGACGAUGAAUAA